UGUGAAUCCUCCAUAAGCAUUCUAUCUUUCUUCUGUAUAUAGUGAGCAAUAAAGAUAGAAUGACACUUACAACGUGUGUUUAAAAAGAACGCAGUCUAAAUGUAUAUUAAUCAGUUCUUCGAAAAUAAACAGUGGUUAUGUGCUAUUUUCUGAGUUAAUGCAAUAUUUUGAAGUUUAUCAAUGAUACAUAAUUAAUAAUCAUGUAGAGAGAUGAUUUUAUUUAUUGUAAUUUCCAAUAUUGAAUUAAUAAUAACGACAGAACAUUAUUUCGAUAUGUUUCAACGGAAAGAAAUAAAUAGCAUGUUUCCGGUGAAACAAAGCCUGAUUGGACCGUUGAGGUCGCAUCCACGAGAUUGUUUCGCGUUACCAAAUUGUUGCGAUCGUCUUUACGGAACUCGGACAAUUCGCUCUCAAAUUUGCAGUAUAGCGCACAUAUCAGACAAUUGGAUAUCACGAUGACGUCUAAACAAAUCUUCAAAGGUCGAAGUGAUCACUAUAACGGCAUUACGAUCGACUCUGCCGAAGAGGCUUGUGAUGAUAAAAUAUUUGCACAACGUCUUAAAAACUCUUUAGAACAAUGGGUAAAGGACAAAAGACGCACAAUAUGGUUUCGUAUACAUAUAUCUCAUAUGGAAUGGGUUCCAAUAUUAACAAAACAAGGGUUUGUAUUCCAUCAUGCAAAGGAGGGAUACGCCAUGUUAUAUCGCUGGUUGCCUAUUGACGAAGAAUGCAAUGUCCCAAAAUAUGCACAUACAAUUCUAGGAGUUGGCGCAUUUGUGUAUAACAAAGAAACUGGUGAAAUUCUUGUUAUCAAGGAGAAAUAUUCCCAUAAUAAAGCAACUUGGAAACUUCCAGGUGGCUAUGUGGAACCAGGAGAAAACAUUGAAGCAGCAGCCAAGAGAGAAGUUUUGGAGGAAACAGGAAUUCAAACAGAUUUCAGAUGUUUAAUAUCCUUCAGACAUGGACAUGAUUACUCUUUUGGAUGCUCAGAUAUAUAUAUGAUUGCAUACCUGACUCCACAAAAUUUUAAAAUCCAGAAAUGCAAACGAGAAAUUUUAGAGUGCAGAUGGAUGAAGUUAAGUGAAUUCAUGCAACAUCCAGAGGUACAUGUAAAUAAUAAAACAUUUGCAACAAAAACAGUAGACUUUCUUAGACAUCAAAUGGGUAUGGUUGUGAAUUAUGGAAGACAUCCUAUUACUAAAAAGCAGAUAUGUGUGUACAGCAUGGAAAAUGUAAACAUUGAAGCUGCAUCUGUAGAAUAAGUUUCCUGUAAAAUAAUUACAUGUACAUAAAACAAGAUAUCAGAAAUUUUACAUAACAAAAUUUUGCAUGUUAAUAACAUGGCAUAAGAAUAUGCAUAUAUUUUUUGUUACUGUCAUAAACAAGUAAACAUUACAUAUAUAUAUUUUUUUUUUAACAAAUUACACAUUAAUCUCUUC